UCCUCGUUGUAACUUGUGAUAUUUGCAGACAUUCGUCUUUGACCAAUCUUGUGAUCUUUGAUCUUGAUUGUAGUGAAGUGGUAAUCACAGAGAAAUUGUGAGUUUUCUCACAACAGCAAUGACCCAAAAUACCUGAAACUGAUUGAAAAGUUCGUGUAAAACCUUUGUGGACAAUACUUUUCCAAAAAGGACACUAACAUUUUAUUCUGUCCCAGAAGGACAAAUAAAAUUAGAUUGACGUAUAGUGAUUCAGUGAUUUCUACGUCUCAUUGUAAUACUUAAGCCAUCUUAUCUCAACACCAAAAAGGGAGAUUGGAGCAAGGACAAUGCAAGACUUCUGUGGAGGUCCUUUUUGGGACGACGAUCUCACGUGGGCAACGGAAAACCCAGACUUUACGCCAUGCUUUCACAAGACGGUUAUGAUAUGGGUGCCAUGUGGGUUUCUUAUCUUGUUCACACCGCUGGAGCUGUAUUUUAUUGCCACAAGCAAACACGGCCGAAUUCCUUGGACCUUUCUGAAUGUGGGUAAAACCAUUACAACUUUUCUUCUGUUUACUCUGGCCACAGCUGACCUUGCUAUAGGAACUGAUCUCUGGAUAGCCGAAGAGCCUGGGAUCUAUCCAGUUCACAUAGUGACACCUGUGAUCCUUAUGGUUACCUUCCUGAUAGCAUCGACCCUGAUGCUGCUUCACAAAAAGAAAGGCAUAAGAUCAUCAGGACUCAUGUUCCUCUUCUGGUUUAUGAUUGUCUUCCUCGGAAUAUUUAGGUUCCGUUCACAACUGAUGAAUUUCGAUCCAGAUGGUAAUGCCGUCGAGGAACAAAUAGAUUUUCAUACAUACCAAUAUGGCAGUAUGAUAACACACUUCAGUCUCUGUAUUAUUGCCUUACUCUUGAACUGCUUCUCUGAUGCACCACCCGAAGAUCGUAUCAAAGUCGGAAAACCAAGUCCUGAACUUUCAUCGAGUUUUCUGAGGAAGCUCUUUUUCCAGUGGUUUGAUCCAAUGACAUGGAAAGGAUACAGGAGGCCCCUGGAAAUUGAUGAUAUGUGGGAUCUAAACACAGAUGAUCGAUCACGAAGCCUUGUUCCUGAUUUUGAUAAAUACUGGUACCAAAGUGUGGAGAAAAAUCGAACCAAGGAAAAUGCCAAUAUUAAUGCUAAGAAAAAUGCACAGAACGGAUAUAGCAAUGGAACAGCUUUUCAAUCUUCCAGUCACAAUAAGCCUCAUGGGAAAACCAAUGGAUCCGUUCUUCCAGCUAUGGUCAAAGCUUUUGGAGGACCUUUCUGGUUUGCUGGUGUCCUUAAGCUUAUCAUCGAUCUUUUGUCGUUCGCUUCACCACAGCUUCUAGGGCUACUGAUCGCUUUUACAGCUAGUCCAGAAGAACCACUCUGGAGAGGAUUAUUUUACGCUUUCUUGAUGUUUGGUGCAGCCCUACUUACACUUUUCCUCAACGGACAAUAUUUCCACUUAACAUUCGUGGUGGGAUUUAGAAUUCGUAGUGCCUUGAUUUCUGCCAUAUAUAGGAAAGCCUUACGAGUAUCCAGUUCUGCUAAGAAGGAUUCAACUGUUGGUGAAAUUGUGAAUCUAAUGGCAGUUGAUGCUCACAGAUUCUUUGAAUUGGUGUCUUACUUGCAUCUGCUGUGGUCUGGACCUCUGAUUAUGGCCCUCGCCCUGUACUUCCUUUACGAUCUUCUAGGAGCUGCAAUUUUCGCUGGUUUGGCCGUGAUGAUCCUAAUGAUACCUUUCAACGCAUGGAUUGCCAUUAAGUUGCGAGCCUUGCAAAUGGAUCAAAUGAAGAAAAAAGACCAUCGAGUGAAGAUAAUGAACGAAAUUCUAAGUGGUAUGAAAGUUCUUAAGCUUUAUGCGUGGGAGCCAAGUUUUGAACAGAAUGUCAAAGAUAUUCGUGAGAAAGAAAUGAAAGUCUUGAUAAGGAUGGCAUACUACAGUGCUGGUACUUUCUUCGCAUGGACUCUGGCACCAUUCCUGGUAUCUUUGGCUUGCUUUACAACUUACGUCUUUAUGGAUGAAAACAACAACCUUGACGCAACCACUGUCUUCAUGUCUCUCGCUUUACUCAACAUUUUACGUAUGCCAAUGACGAUGUUCCCAAUGAUCAUAACAAUGUCUAUGCAAGCUUUAGUUUCCAUCGAACGUAUCAAUAAGUUUAUGAACAGUGAAGAACUAGAUCCUGAUAACGUCACUCAUAAUCCUCAUAGGAGUGCUCUCCUUGUUGAAAACGGGGUAUUCACAUGGGGAGAAGAAGAAAUCACUCUGAAGAAUGUCAAUAUGGAAGUCUCAAAGGGGUCACUUACAGCAGUCGUUGGACCAGUUGGAUGUGGAAAGAGUUCCUUGAUCAGUGCACUUCUGGGUGAAAUGGAGAAGAAGCAAGGAAAGGUAAACACAGACGGAUCUAUCGCUUAUGUUCCUCAACAAGCUUGGAUUCAAAAUGCUACUCUUCAAGAUAAUAUCCUUUUCGGUCUGAAGAUGAAUCGUGAGUAUUACGACAAGGUAAUUGAAGCAUGUGCUCUGAAAUCGGAUAUUGACAUGCUUCCUGGUGGCGAUCAAACGGAAAUUGGUGAGAAAGGUAUCAAUCUUUCUGGAGGGCAAAAGCAAAGAGUAUCUCUAGCCCGAGCAGUGUACAGUAAUGUUGACAUUUAUCUUCUGGAUGAUCCAUUGAGCGCUGUAGAUGCUCAUGUUGGCAAACACAUUUUUGAUAAUGUUGUUGGUCCUCGAGGAUUGUUGGCCGGAAAAACCAGACUAUUGGUCACCCAUGGAAUCUCUUACUUACCACAUAUGGAUGAAAUUCUUGUCAUAAGCGAUGGAGAAAUAAGCGAGAGUGGGAAUUAUAAGGAGCUUUUGGCUCAGAAGGGUGCAUUUUCAGAAUUUUUGCUGCAACAUAUUCAAGAGAUGGAGGAAGAUGAAGAUCUAGAAGAAAUCAAGGAUGUUCUAGCUAUCAAACCAGAAGGUCGGCAACUUCUUGAACGAGCACUUUCAGUGAGAUCUGCGUCAUCAAAGGGAUCAAAGAAGGGUUCGAUGAGAAAGCGAGCUAGCAAGUUAGAUAAAAAUGAAAUUGUUGUUCCGAAAGCGGGAACAGUUCUUAUUGAAAAGGAAGAAUCCGCAACGGGAAAAGUCAGUUGGGCUGUUUACAUAAAGUAUUUCAAGGGUAUAGGUAUAUGGAUGACAUUCUGGGCCCUUCUUAUGAAUCUACUGAAUCAGGCUUGUUCAGCGGGAGCAAAUCUUUGGCUAGCUGUUUGGGCUGAAGACGAAGAAGCUCAUCUUCCCGCAAACAGAGAUAUGUACCUUGGUGUGUAUGGAGCUCUAGGUGUAGGACAGGCGAUAACUCUCUUCUUCAGUACUGUAGUCCUUGCUAUAGGAUGCCUAAAUGCAGCGAAAACUCUGCACCAUAAGCUUCUAGGCCAUACCCUACGUCUACCAAUGUCCUUCUUCGAUACAACUCCUCUGGGAAGGAUCAUGAAUCGAUUCUCGAAAGACGUCGAUAUUGCUGAUAAUAUCCUACCAAUGUCGAUUAGAUCUUGGAUAUUGAUGGUAUUUUCAGUUGUAUUCAUAUUUGUGGUUAUCAGUAUAACCACCCCAAUAUUCAUGAGUGUUAUCAUACCGAUCGGUAUCUUCUACUACUUCAUCCAAACCUUCUACGUAGCAACUUCAAGGCAACUGAAAAGAAUUGAAUCCGUUACGAGAUCCCCUAUCUACUCUCACUUUGGAGAAAGUCUUACUGGACAGUCGACUAUUAGGGCAUAUAGUAAACAGGAAGGCUUUACGAAGCAGAACGAAGACAAAGUAGACUAUAACCAGAUGUGUUCGUAUCCAAGUAUCAUUGCUAAUCGUUGGUUAGCAAUUAGAUUGGAACUUGUAGGUAGUUUGGUCAUCCUGUUUGCCUGUCUAUUUGCUGUACUUGGCCGCGAAAACAUCGAUCCGUCGCUUGUAGGGCUGUCAGUGACUUAUGCCCUACAAACCACUCAGGUCCUCAACUUUAUGGUGAGGAUGACUGCUGAAGUGGAAACCAAUAUUGUAGCCAUUGAACGUAUGGAAGAAUAUUCCGAUGUGGAGAAAGAAGCUGAAUGGGAAAAGGGAGAACGUGAUCCACUAUGGCCUCAUGAAGGACGAGUCGAAUUCGAUGACUUCCAAGUGAGGUACCGUGAAGGUUUGGAUCUGGUACUGAAAGGUAUCACCUUCUCCGUGCAAAGCUGUGAGAAGGUUGGCAUUGUAGGACGAACUGGUGCUGGAAAAUCAAGCUUAACUCUUGCUCUCUUUAGAAUUAUUGAGGCUGCUGGCGGAAAGAUCACAAUAGAUGACAAGAAUAUCGGAGAACUUGGUCUACAUAAUCUUCGUUCCCGCCUUACAAUUAUUCCCCAGGAUCCAGUUCUCUUUUCUGGCUCUCUUAGAAUGAAUAUUGAUCCCUUCCAAUCCUACAGCGACGAUGAUAUCUGGCGCGUUCUCGAACUUUCCCACCUGAAGCAUUACGUGAAGGGUCUGCAGGCUGGACUUCUUCAUGAAAUAUCCGAAGGAGGAGAAAACCUAUCUGUGGGUCAACGUCAGUUAAUUUGUUUGGCCAGAGCUCUUCUGAGAAAAACGAAGGUUCUGGUUCUUGAUGAAGCCACUGCUGCUGUUGAUCUUGAAACAGAUGACCUUAUUCAGAAGACCAUUCGAUCUGAAUUCAGCGACUGCACUAUUCUAACAAUUGCUCACAGAUUGAACACUAUCAUGGACUCAGACAAGGUCAUUGUAUUGGACAAGGGUGAAAUUGCUGAGUUUGAUAGUCCAAGUAAUCUACUGCAGAAUCCUAAUUCCAUCUUCCACAGCAUGGCAAAGAACUCAGGGCUGUUGAGCAACACAACUAGCUAACUAAAAAAUUUAAGGGAAUGGUUUAAACUUUAAAUAGUUAGAAAAUAAAAGUAUGGUAGUGUUUAGUGGAACUGCCAUCCCAAAUAUUGACGACUGAUUUAAAACUUAGAAUUCCCAUGCACAUUCGUCAAAGAUUUUUAGGUAGUCAUGGAGACUAUGGGUUUAAGAUUCAGUAUUUUGAAAUUAAAAUUUACGGGUAUUAAGUUAUUUUAAGUCAAAGUAGAAAAACAAAAGAAGUUUGAAUUAUACCAAAAUAAUAAAUUAUUUAUUAAAAGUUUUGUAGACUGACACUUGAAGCUGUAGUCUCUACAUGGUCCAAUAUAGGUUCCAAAAAUAUUGUAUAAUGUCUUUAAUGUAAUUAUAAUUAAAAAUCGUAACUUUGUAAGUUGUAGUUUCAAUAAAUACUAUUUUAAUAGA